UCCUCUGCUUCGAUUUCGUUUCUCUGUUUUUGAAUAUCUGAAAUUAGGGUUUUGGGAUUUCGAAAUUUUUAGACUUGGUGAUCAAUUUUGUGAAAUCAAAGUUUUUUUUUUUUGGUUUUAAUGUGAAAUGUGAAAUCAAAGUUCCAACCUUUUCAAUCUCCUUGCCUGAUUAGUGUAAAGAACAGAGACCGUUUCAUUCAAUUUAGUCUCGAAUUGAUUUUGUAAUAGUUUCUUCGAUUAAGGACUGAAUCGUGUACCUCUCAGAAUGGUUCGAUACAAAGAUGAGUCCCCAGCUGUUAGGGUUUAUACAGUUUGCGAUGAAUCAAGAUACUUGAUAGUACGUAAUGUCCCAGCUUUGGGUUGUGGUGAUGAUCUCAUGAGAUUGUUCAUGACUUAUGGAGACGUUGAAGAAUGUAAACCUAUGGAUGCAGAAGACUGUGAGGAGUUCACUGAUGUCUACUGGAUCAAGUUUCGUCUCAUUACUAAUGCAAGAUUUGCAAAGAGGAAGUUGGAUGAAUCAACUUUUUUGGGAAAUCGGCUCCAAAUUUCGUAUUCUCCUGAAUUCGAGAGCCUCAGUGACACGAAGGAUAAGUUAGAAACCAGGAGGAGAGAAGUGCUCGCUAGACUGAACCCCCAGAGAGAAAAGAGCACCUCCCAAGUUGCAAAAUUAGCUGGACCGGCUUUGACCCAAACAGACGAUUUCUCCCCACAAAGGAGAGUGAUGGAGUACCAAUUCCAUAGACGAAACGCUCCUAUUCCACGAGUUUCUUCUAACCAGGAGUAUUUUGCGUCCUCUUCAAUGAAUCAAACAGUUAAAACUGUUAGGGAGAAACUCAACAAGAUUGAAGAAAGUGGUAACCAAAAGAGGUUACAACCGAGCAGCCAAACACAACCUGACCUCAAGAGAACACGAAUCGAUAACCGAAGAAGAAUCUAACUCAAGUUUUGUUGUUGUCGUAUCUGUUUCUAAAACUCAGCCAAUUUUGAAAACAGAGUAUUCUUGUGUAACUUACUUUGGUCUUGAUAGUGUUCUAGCAAAACAAAUUGUGAAUAUUGCAAGUUUCAAGUGAAACUAAAUCAUCAA